UUAAACUUGAAUUCCUACUUCCCCACCAGACAAGUAGUCCACCCACAGGACACACCACACAUAGAGUGAUAGAUAGAGAGCUAGCUAGCGCAGCUAACCGCGCACUACCACACGCCACACUCAUUACUCGCCACUACUCUUGCUGUCUCUUGCAUCGCAUGCCCGGCCGCCUCUCUAUCUCUCUCUGGCUCUCCCCCACAGCUAUCUGCUAUGCCUAUCUAGCUUAGCUGCAGACCUAACUAAACUGCUGCCAAGAAUUUGGCCAAAGCAAGAUCUCACAAUCCCAUAUAACAGAUCGGAGCCCGCCCAUGUAUGUGUAGAUAGACAGAUUCCCAUAGAUAUAUGGCGGAUCACCAGGAGAUGAUCCACCCACCAGCGGCUGCUGCCACCACGGGCAGCACGACGACUCACGGCGAUUGGUGGACCACGGCGGUGUCGUGGUCGCCGGACCAGCAGCUACCUGCUGGGUUCGGCGGCUGGGCGUCGUCUGCCGCGGCCACAGCUGGAGGCAACAGGUCGAGGUCCGGCAACAACGCGGCUGCCUCCUCGGAGUCCCCCGGGUCCAAGUCCAACCACUCGCUCACCACCGACCAAGGCGUGGUCUCCGUGCCGCCGCACCCGCCGCCAGCGGCGUCUGCUCACGCCGCCAGCGGCAGCUGGAACGAGCCUUCUUACUACUUGGACGGAUCUGCUGGUUUCAUGAGCUCAUCAAGAAGCGACCAGGCUCAUCACCUCGGCCUGAGCUGCUCCUCAUCGGAUCACAACAGCGUGAUGGUACAGGGCGCCCACGAUCCCAACCAGCAGUUCCUAUCCAAUCUAGGGUUCGAGUUGCUCUCGUCGCCGACUUCGUCUUCCGGCGGGUUCCGGUCCUCCUCCCCCUCACUUCUCAGAAGCCUCACGGAGCCAUCGGCCGCCGCGAACACUACGCCGCCAGGCCUCCUGCAGCAAUACCAGCAGCAGCAGCAGCAGACGAUGGACCAGGCGCCAGCCGGGAGCAUCAGGGAGGCUCUGCAGCUCACUACUAACAGGACGCCGUUUUGGAACCCUUGUGCGGAAGGGGCAGCGAGCUUACUAGGGACUGCCAGACCACCGUCGUCAGGGCUAGCGAGUUUUCCGUCCAAGGGCGCAAUAGAAGGUGCCGGGGGCUCUAGCAACAUAAUUGCCAAGAGGACAAACACCGUUCCAACGCCGUCGCUUAAGAAACCGAGAACAGGGACACCAUCGCCAUUGCCUACCUUCAAGGUGAGGAAAGAGAAGCUUGGUGACAGAAUCACAGCACUUCAGCAACUAGUCUCUCCUUUUGGAAAGACGGAUACGGCAUCGGUGCUCCACGAGACCAUCGAGUACAUCAAGUUCCUCCAUGCGCAAGUUGGUUCACUCAGUGCUUCUUACCUGAAGAACAGGCAGCAAGUGUCCCAUCAUCACAAGCAGGUACCGAGGGACGGAGGCGAGGCAGCGGCGGCAGAGGGAGGCCUCCUCACUCGGCGAGGGCUGUGCCUGGUCCCGAUAUCCAGCACCUUCGCGGUGGCCAUCGACUCGCCGGUCGAUUUCUGGACGCUGUUUGGAGUUGGAGGCCCUGCGUUCGGGUAGUAUCAUCCAGGGGGCUAGCUCUAGCUCAGCUCGCCUCUUAUACUAAUUGGAAUAAUCUGGAAGUUGUAGCUAAUUAAUUAGAAUACCAACUCCUAUAACUCACGCCGUAUAUAUAGUUGAAUCUUUGGAAUGACCUCUUCAAGCCUUGAAUUCAUUCUUGAGGUUCAUACAAUAAUGAGGUGCAUGCAGAUGAGUGUAGUGUUAUAUUUCGAGCGAACUGUAGCUCAUCAUAAUCUGCCGCCUUUGUAACAGUCAGAUAUGGCGCACACACACUGUAACUACAUACUUUAUUUAUUAUCGUAAUUAUAUCUAAUAUACACUAGUAGAAAAGA